AUGGAAUCUAGCAUUGAAUGCAUAUCAUCCUCUGAAGGGAUGAAUGAAGAUGAAAACGCCCACCCCCAUCCUUAUUCUAGGUUUUCUUCUUCGAAGCAAUCUAAUAAUCUCAACGGUAUGGUCAUUAAUCCCGCUACCAGUGUCCAUGAGCUUCUUGAAUGCCCAGUUUGUACCAAUUCUAUGUACCCUCCGAUCCAUCAGUGCCACAAUGGGCAUACACUCUGUUCCACCUGUAAAGCUAGGGUUCACAACCGAUGUCCUACUUGUAGACAAGAGCUUGGUGAUAUAAGAUGUUUAGUGCUAGAAAAGGUGGCUGAAUCACUUGAAAUUCCUUGCAAGUAUCGUUCCCUAGGAUGCCCUGAGAUCUUCCCCUAUUACAGUAAGUUGAAACACGAGGCCGUUUGUAAUUUUAGGCCUUACAACUGCCCGUAUGCUGGAUCAGAGUGCUUGGUUGCAGGAGAUAUUCAAUAUCUGGUUGCUCACUUGAAAGAUGAUCAUAAGGUGGAUAUGCAUACUGGAAGCACAUUUAAUCAUCGCUAUGUUAAAUCAAAUCCGCGAGAUGUAGAGAAUGCCACGUGGAUGCUGACUGUUUUCCAUUGUUUUGGCCAGUAUUUUUGCCUACAUUUCGAAGCUUUUCAACUGGGCACUGCUUCAGUUUACAUGGCUUUCCUCCGAUUCAUGGGAGACGAGAUAGAGGCUCGAAACUAUAGUUACAGCUUGGAGGUUGGUGGAAAUGGUCGGAAACUUAUAUGGGAAGGCACCCCUCGUAGCAUCAGAGAUAGUCACAUAGAAGUUCGAGACAGCCAUGAUGGCCUGAUUAUACAGAGUAACAUGGCACUGUUUUUCUCGGGAGGAGACAAGAAAGAGCUUAAGCUUCGUGUAACAGGACGAAUAUGGAAGGAACAGACAAACCCAGAUGGUGGAGCAUGCAUACCCAAUCUCCGCAGUUAA